AUGGACUCUGCCGAGCCGGAACAGACUGCCUUCUCGUCAGUCACAGCCCACACCUCGAAGCUGCAAAGACAAUACCAGGCGCUUCUCGAUCAGUCAACCCCCUUCGUGCUUUACAGAUGGAUCGCCACGGGCGUCUGCCUCCUGGGCUUCUUCGCUCGCAUCUUCGUGGCGCAGGGCUGGUACAUUGUCGCCUACGCUCUCGGAAUCUACCUGCUCAACUUGUUCCUGGCCUUCUUGCAACCCAAGUUUGACCCCUCCAACGAGGCUAUGGACACUGAGAUGGAGGACGGUGGUGUCGGCAUUCUCCCCACCAAGCAGGACGAGGAGUUCAAGCCCUUCAUUCGCCGCCUCCCCGAGUUCAAGUUCUGGUACUGGGCCACCCGUGCCAUCGCCAUCGCCUUCUUCUGCAGUUGGUGGGAGAUCUUCAAUGUCCCCGUCUUCUGGCCCGUCCUGGUCAUGUACUGGUUUAUCCUCUUCUUCCUGACGAGUACGUUUCCUACCCCCACGCCUUGUCUCCCUGGCAUUUCACCCUGGCACACAGCUGACCUUCCCUCCUUUGCAGUGCGCAAGCAGAUUCAGCACAUGAUCAAGUACCGCUACGUUCCCUUCACCUUUGGCAAGAAGAACUACGCCAAGAACAGCUCCUAA